AUGCCAGAAAGUAAAGGAAGAUGGAACAAGAUGCGAAAAGCCGCUCAAGAGCAGUCAAAAACACCAUAUGCCCGUCGAGUAGUAGACUUGGAUAGCAAUGAUGAGGAAAUCAUCCGUCAGCUAUCAGAAAUACUGCAAUGCGAGUAUCCUGCAUAUAUGACCCAUCGAAAUGGGCUUUUCAAGGCGGUUGGUGAUCUUUACAGGUCAUAUGUCCAAUAUUCAGUAGGCCCCAAACGCUUCAGCAAAAUACUGCGGGGGAUGCAUAUGUUGAAGUAUGCUAAGUUGCGUCUACAGUACCUGCAAGCUAUUGGUUUUCGCCGCUCCCACCCAUCUGUGAAACAGAUGAUGUUAAAUGCCGCUAACAUCGUACCUUCCAGCAGCAGCAGCAGCGUCAUUUCAUUUUCUGAAUUUGCUGAUCGCACAAAAUAUACUGGCCACGUUUUCUCGGCGCAGUAUUUACGAGUAUUCUACACUGCUUUUAUACGCGAGUUGCGCCCUUUCAUGGAUAAGCAGAUGGAGGUCCUUGACGGUGUUUAUCUUAAAGGUGACCAUACUUUCAAGAUAAUCAAGUUGACGAGCAAACUCAAUAGGCAGCCUGCUUUUGCGGCACUCUAUACCAUUCUCAACGAAUACGAAGAAGUACGCUUGCAGUUCUUGGUUCCCACGAAGUCCCUCGAGCAUUUACGAUACGCUUUCGAUGCGAUGCGUAACGCGUACGAGCUCUAUGGCUACAAGCAACCACAAGUGUUCUUAACAGAUAACGUGACCGGCGAUCAAGGCUUUCUCAAAAGAACACUUCCUUCCCUUACACAAGAUGUCGUUCCAGUCACUGAAAAAGAGCCAUCUGAUUCCAUGGAAACCUGGUCAUAUCUACUUUGUACCGUUCCUAAGGAUCAAGUUACUGUCAAAUGCAUCUACAACUACGAGGAUAUAGAAGAUUGCAUUGACGAAUUCCUUAAGCAAGGACCUGUCCAAGCGUAUCUCAAUUACAUCAGCCAAGAUUACAAAACACCCUGUAAAGGUGGCUACGAGCUUGGUGGUUUCUGUAAAAGUCAAGGUGCAAUUAGCGAUGGAAGGAUGGGAUUAGCAACGAUUUUUGAAUCUGUGCUUGAGCAUACAUUGUUCAAAAAAGAUACCAUAUGCACUGGACCGUGGAGUGCUCAGAUGUUAUCACAAGAUCAAGUGGACUACGCCGCACUUGAUGCGUGGGCGGCACUUAAGAUUUUCGAAGAAGUGAAAAGCCAUGGCACCCACAUUUCGUAUCACCCUGGGAAUGUUCAUGAUGCUGCUGCUUAUAGUGAGAUAUGCGAACAGUUUGACAAAUUGGGCGAUGUCAUAAACUUAUUCACAAAGUAUCGACCGCUGCGAUGUGCAAGAACAGGACGGCUGCUUUUUGAUUACGAGAACUGGAGACAGGCAAAAAGUGUGUUGAAGACAAUUCAUCAAGGUCAUCUCUCCGAUCCACCAGGUAUUCCUUUGUAUUUCAUUGCUGGCAUGGAUAAGGAAGGCUUGAUUUUAUAUCGCUGUAGUAGAGGAACAAAUUCAUUGGAAGGUGGCAUCCAUCAAAAUCUUAUUUGUAGCUUUGGAUUGUUUGGUGCUAGCGUUGAACUCAUUGAACCUGCAUUAGUGGAUUACAGAUUGCGACACAAUACUGAUGUUGGAAUGGCUAAUAGAUACGGCCGCAUCCAUGACGGUCAUUAUAGUCCUUGGAUCACGCAGCAUAUCAAUGAUUUAGAGAAUGCACUUGGCUUAUGUGGAAUUCAUAACGAACCUGGCAUAGACGAGCGGGAACUGCAACUCAUUUCGUCAAACGAGUCUUUUGGGAGUUCUCCUUUGCCUGCCGAUCUGAUGCAUAAAUAUGGUAUCGUGCAUUCAACAUCAGCUGCAAACAACACGACGCACACCUCUUCCUCUUUGGAAGUUGCUACAUUAGUGAUAAUUAAUAGCUCAACAUUACACAAACACAGUGCUCAAUAUUCAUUCAUUGCAUCUCACCAAAGAGCAGCACACGCCAUCAUACCAGUCCACACGCCCGCCGAAAAAUCGAAGUUUGACCUACUACUCAUUGACAACUUCGCCGACUAUAAAACCAAGUCUAUUGAUUUUCAACGUUUUGCUAAGCUCUGGUCAAGAACAGUUGACGGCUGUAACAUUUUCUACCAGACACCGGAGCAUCUACGUAGCUAUUAUAAUACUUGGAAAGAGCAAGAUAACGUCGCUAGAACUAUCACCAACAACCAAAAAGUGAUUGAAAACGUAGGUGCUGCUAACAAUGCUCCAGAUCGUAAAAGAUCAGCUCCUGCCCCAAAGCAGCCAGUUCCAUCAAAAAUGCCACGCAUCCAGAAUACCUCAGCAGACAGUACCAGCAGUUCAUCAAACCAACAACUUUCCAAUACAUCUCAUUACCGACAAAUUGCUCCAAUUGCUCCAACCAAUAUUUUACAUACAAUAUUUUCACAGCAGUUUAGUCAUCAGCUGCAAUUUUCGAACACUACUAUGUCGCAUCAGCGUACACAUCCUUCUCAACAGCAAUUAACGCUUCCACUAUACCUAUCUUUACAACAUGCACCUACACAAAUACGAAUGCAACAGCAUCAUCAGCAAACUAUACUUCUACGUAAUAGCAGUAACAAUAUUAUCAAUAGCUCUGCGAACAAUGUAACCGCUGGUUUGCCAAAGCGGCAUAAGAAGACAUGUAGCAACUGUGGCGAAGAAUGGUGUAAUGGCAAGAAUAAUCAGACACGAUACUGA